ACCAAGUUUUCCUUCCACUGAGUGGUCUUCCACCCUACCAGCCAGCCAGAUCUUGGAGAAUUUUUCAUAGUGAGCCUCCUCUGUUUUAACAGGAUGACCCUUGCCAACUACCCUGUUCCAGAUCUGGAUGUUACCUUGCAAGAAGUGAGCCGUGUUCUGCAGCUUACUUUAGGUCCCGAUCUUUACCCUGAGUUCAAAAGUACAUUAGAACAGCAGAGGGAACUACUUGAAGAAGCCCAGCAAAAAUUAGCAACCAAUGCUGCAGGCCACGAGAAUUGGGUGACAAAACAGUUCAAGAGGGGUCUAUUGUCUUGUGCUGACCCCCUCCCCACCUCCACAGCACUCCCUGUAGUUCUUCUUCCAUCUAAAGCAAAGAAAUGUACCCAACUUAGUAGAGCAGCUGCUCUGCUCUGGGCAGCAGCAAAGCUAUACAGUGAGCCCCUGUUACUGGAAGGCAAUAUUCCAAUGGAGCACACACAGCAGUCUGAAGUAUUUGCUGCCACUCGUAUUCCUGGCAGGAAUCAAGACGAAAUCAAGGUAUUCCCUGACAGCCUCCAUGCCAUCAUCACCUGUGUUGGAGGAGUGUUCCCUGUUGACAUACUGUGGCGACCAAGCACUGGUGGACCAGUUUCUGCACGGUCAUUUACUGACAUCUAUAACCAACUAGCUCAGGUGAUGGAUCAGCCCAGGGCAGAGAAACAAACUGAUCCAUCAACCAUUUGCAACCUCACAGCUCUGGAGCGUAAGUCCUGGGCUGUCAGAAGGGAGGAGAUCCUUGAGCAAGGAGGAGUCGCACUGACAUCGCUGAGACUGAUGGAGAGUGCUGUGCUUGCACUCUGUCUGGAAGGCUAUGAUGCACCCUGUGAACUGGCUGAUAUCCUCAAUGCAGUGAGGCUGGGAGGAGGAGGACACAGUCCAUCUCUGAGAUACUAUGACAAGGUGUUGAACCUGGUGGUGUUCAAAGACGGCACAGCUGGAAUGGUGUUUGAGCACAGUGCUGUGGAUGGGAUGGUGGCUGGGCUUGUGACAGAACGUGUGUACAAUCUGUCGGAGACUGUUGACUCAAACCCACUGCAUACUGGCACUGAAAACAUGUCUGGGUCUGUUGCAGUAAACAGUACUAAUUCUGUUUGCCCCCAUCCUCUAACAUUUCCUUUACAGGGAGUAAAUAUCCCUCAACAGACCCUCGAUUUGAAAACAAACCAUCCAGUUCUCACCUUUGACAUCUCCUCCUACCCUGAUGUCUUCUCCACUCUCAGAGGGCACAGGGGUUUAUAUGAUGCUUGGAUCAACUUCUCUUUGCAGCUUUCUAUGAGGCAGACUUUUGGCGAAACUGCUGCAAAUCAUAUGCUUGUCACUCCUGCCCAUAUGCGCCACUACAAGCAUGGUCGUUGUGAUCCUACAUACUCAAUCACCAUGCAUUCUCGUCAAUUAGUAGGUGCCCUGGCAUCCCGCAUAUGUCCAGAUAACACAAUCCAAUAUACUACUGACCUACUACAGUUGUUCCACAUUGCAUUUCUGGAGCAUAAGAAGCUCAUUAAAAACACCAAAAGUGGUCAAGGUGUUGGCCCCCACCUAGCUGCUCUGCGUCGAUCUUUGCCACCUGACAAUCCCCUGAAGAAGUUCCUAGACCCCUUUGGGUGUCCGUCUGUGUACCUGACAGGUACCGAUCUGAUGGAAGGAGUAGAAUGUGGUGUAGGAAAUGUUUAUGCUCAAGAUCAGCUGGCUGUAACCUACCUUGGGAAGAGGGACAAGGUUCGCAUAGUGCUUAAUGGGAAAGGAAGCUUUGCUUUAGCACUCGACAAGCUCCAACAAAACCUCAAGAUGAACCUGAAGUUAGUGAUGCUUCUAGCUGUUAGAUAUGCAAUUGCAACUGAAAUGGGAGCCCUUGAGUGUCUACUUCAGCAGGGUCAAAGAGAGAAAAUGAAUGGAGAAAAAAAUCAUUAUCCUGAAACCACAGACACCAGCAAGGGUACUGUUGGUGGUACCCUUGGCAUGAGCCCAGAUUACACUCUGGUGAUUCAUGGUGGCGCUGGAGAGGAGAUAAUGCUGAACUCCCAAGUGGUAGGGGUCAUUGAGUUUGCUCUACAAACAGCCUUAACCCUUGGAUCCCAAGUGCUUCAACAAGGUGGCAGAAGUCUAGAUGCAGUUCAGAGGUCAGUGGAAGCUCUGGAAGACUGCUUUCUGUUCAAUGCAGGUAAAGGCUCAGUAUUUAACAAAGACAGCAAAAAUGAAAUGGAGGCAACCAUUGUAGAUGGCAGCGCAAAGAAGUCAGGAUCUGUUGCUUGUGUGCAAAAUCUAAAGAACCCAAUAAAAGCAGCUAGAUGUGUCAUGGAGAAAAGCUCACAUGCACUGAUUGUAGGAGAUGGAGUUGAGGAAUUUCUUGAAGAGGUGGAGGAAAAGCAGAAGCUUGUUGGUCCUGAAUAUUUCUACACUGAUGUACGUCACAGAGAGUUAACCGCAAAACUUAGUGGCGGAAAAAAUUCAAAAAACAACCACCCUCAGACAGUUGGGGCUGUGGCCUUGGAUCGCUGGAAUGGAUUGGCUGCUGCAACCUCUACAGGGGGGGUGGUAGGAAAGCUGAAAGGGCGAGUUGGGGACACAGCAGUAGUAGGAGCAGGUAUAUAUGCUGAUGACAAGUUAGCCAUUACCUGCUCUGGAGAUGGGGAUGUUUUUCUGAGGAGCACAGUUGCUCAGAAAAUAGCAAGUCUAUACCAUCAUAAAGGCCACAACCUUAGGGAAGCAUGCAGAGAAGUGAUAGCUGAAAAUCUGAAUGGGAUCUGUGCGGGAAUUGUUGCCGUGGACAUUAAAGGUAAUGCUGUCAUUGAGACAAAUGCUGGUGUAAUCUUUGUGGCAUCAGUGAUCAGUGGCAUUUCAAAAGUAGAGGUCCUCAGACCCCUGAGAGGCAUCCCUAAUGUUAUCUGGGAAACAGAUGAGCUGGUUGCCUACCUGAAUCCCAAACCCUGGAUCCCUGGAUCAACGAUUCUGACUAGAAAAGCUCUUAGUGGAGCAAGCAGCAUCUUCCACUUGUCUACAACUGAUUUUGUUGCUAUGCUACAAGGCGCAAGAGCUGUCUCCAACUUGUUAUGUGAACGACUGGGAGUGCAGCGCUGUGCCUUGGUUUUCAAUCCAACCCCUGAUCAGCCUGCACAAAUCAGACUUCUCCCUCUUCAUGGCUUAGAGCCAAAAUGGCAGCCACAUCUUGCUAGUGAAGAGGAGUUCCACGCUUAUGAUCCCGGCUACUGCACCUCCAAAAGUGGCCCACGCUGGGAUGACGAAGCACUGGCUCAAGUUCAAGCCAAGAUUAGAAAUGCACUGCCAACACCAAAUGCACCCUUUUGCUUUGAUUUUUUGGGGGACCCAUCCAAUGAUAACUUGUUCAGCCGCAUUGUUCGUGGAGAGCAGCAGCAGUGGAGAGUGUGGGAAGACAAUGAUUAUGUUGCCUUCCUAACACCAUAUCCAAACAGUCCUGGUCUAACUGUUGUGGUGCCACGCAAACCUCUGUCCAGUGACAUCUUCAAACUGAAUGAACCCGACUACACAGCACUGAUCUUAGCCACUUACAAAGUUGCUCGACUGCUGGAAGAAGGGAUGAAAUCUCUAAGUGUUGCACUGAUUUUUGAGGGCUUUGAGAUUGACUAUGCUCAUGCCAAGUUGAUCCCUCUCUUACCUUCACCAGAUGGCACAAAACCUGCUGAGUUGCAAACAGAAUACUUCCAAAGCUACCCUGGACAUGUUUCAUCACUGAAUGGCCCAGCUGCUGACUUUGAAGCCCUCAAAAACCUUCACUCAAAAAUCACCCAGUGCAAGCCUUCUCACUCAUGGACAGACCCUCAUUCUCACUCAAUGGCUGCCAUCGAGAGCCUGUGGUAUCGUAACCUGUUUAAGAUCCAAAACACUCUUUUCCACAGCACAGUGGAAUACUUCUACAGUUCUUGCCAGUACUCGUAUGCGUUGACACCUCUCACCACUGACACCAUCUCCUCACCAAUGGGCCUGGGAUCUGACUCAGAACCAGUUUCUGUUAAUCUGCUGGGCCAGGAUGUGUACCUUGCUGACUCAAUGCAGUUUGUACUUGAAUACUUCCUUCGCUUCCAGGAAAACCUGCCAGGGACCUACUACAUAUCUCCCAGCUUCAGAGGGGAAGAUCCUGAUGCCACACACUUGAACCAGUUCUACCACGUGGAGUGUGAAUUGCUGGGUAACAUGGACAAUGCAAUUUCCAUAGCAGAGGGAUACUUGGCUCAUCUCACCAAGUCCAUGUUGAAGAAACACUCAGAUAUAAUUCUGAACAGUGCUGGGUCCCUUACACAUAUCACAGCUCUGCUCAGCAAACUGGAUGGAAAAAACAAGCUUCCAAGAGUCCCUCUAGACCAGGCCAUCCCCAUGAUGCCCUCUGCUGACUGCUUGGAGUGGGUCCAAGAUGGUCAGCCCCAUUUUGGCAGAAAAUUAACACGCAAAGGAGAGCGGGUUUUGAUUGAGAAAUAUGGUGGAGCUGUUUGGCUGACCGAGAUGGAUCAUCUGGCAGUUCCCUUCUACCAAGCAUAUGUGGAUGGCACUGGGCAGCGCAAAGCUAAAGCUGCUGACCUUUUGCUGGGGCUGGGGGAGACUGUGGGUCUUGGUGAACGUCAUUCCACACCUGAGAUGGUGCAAGAAGCCUUGAGGCAUCAUGCAGUGCCAGAGCAGUUCUACAAAUGGUACAUUAACAUGCGCAAGGUGAAACCACUCCUUACCAGCGGAUGGGGUAUGGGGACGGAGCGAUACUUGUGUUGGUUGCUUCAGCAUGAUGAUAUCAGAGAUAUACACAUCAUCCCUAGGAUGAAAGGAGUUAAGUACAUGCCUUGAUCAUGGGUUCUCCAUAUUUUUAAAGCCAUUGUAUUCAAUUUGCAUCAAUGGCUAUAAUGCUUGUGGAUUUGUACCAUAAAAAUGUGUCAGUAAUCCCUAGAUUACUAGAAUAUUACUUCUUUGUCUUGGACAGAAGAAAUACCUUAGAGCCCUUAGUGCAACCUGAUCAUUGAUGCCCUGCAAGAUUUUUAGAAGUCUAACAGAAGCAGGAAAGUGAAAAUGUUAGUAAAGUGUUAGUAAAAACCUGAAUUCUGUUAUACAUUUUCUUGGUAUGAGACUGAUUCUCACUGUUGAUUCAAUUCAAUUCAAUUCAAUUCAAUUCAGUUCAAUUCAAUUCAAUUCAAUUCAAUUCAAUUCAAUUCAAUUCAAUUCAGUUCAAUUCAAUUCAAUUCAAUUUAUAUUGCACCAAAU